UGCCAGUCAGUGUCUACACUUUCAGAACGAAAUUCAAAACGUCAGUUACGAUAAUAUGUCAAAAUAGUUGACCUUCGUACGAUAUGCUCAUAAAUAUUUGGAAAUGUUAAAUUUUUCUUCAGGAUUUUAUAUUAGAACACUUUUAUAGUGAUUUAGUUUACAGUGAUGGCUCAACCAAAUCAGGUGACAGUCGAUAUAGAGGACGACGAGCCAGCAGAGGCUGCGCCGCGUCACAAUGCACUACACAGGCUCGAUUCAGUUUCCAGACCAACAGUUCCGAAUAGAAAUAACCUGGGCCUCGGAGAUCGCCUCAACAGUGUAUUCAGAGAAAUCAGACCACUCGUAGAAAAUGCCCGUAUGGGCAAUAACGCACGGCUGUCCCUGCCCACAUGGUUGCCGAGGAACACGCCGGGCACACAUCAGAUUGUAGAUCUUGGUGCUCAAAGGCCACAGAGCUCUAUAGCUCAUGUAAACUUAGGGCCAAAUGCUCAAACUUACAUUGUAAAUGAACGGGGAACACCGCCUGCUCACCGGUCACAGUCUACCAGCCACGGGAUGAGCAACAGUGCUUCCAAUGACUCCAACUUGUCGGAACAGGAGCAAGAACACCCGGAGAUCAAUGUGUCGGUGAAUCCGGCCAACAAUAACAACAUACAUGACAAUGCGGAUAAUGAUAGUCAAAGUGAAGAUGGAACACAACAGGUGGUCGACGUUCGGGCGACACUGAACUUACUUCUACGAUACGCACCGUUUUACUUCUUGCUGUUCAUCAAAUUCAUGUACGACAGUCGAGAAGGCAUCUUCACGUUUAUUAUACUGUUCUGCACGUUCACACACAGCAACAGUCUUGUUAGGAGAGAACAUGGAAAACAGAUGCACCGGAGCAUACUAGCGUUAUUCAGCGAGCUAGUCUUCACUUCCAGUUGCAUAGUCAUAGUGCAUUUCCUCUUCGGCCAUGGCAAGUUGUUACCCAACGUGGUCAUGUUUCCCGGAUAUACGGAGCUUGAUGUAUGGGAACUGUUGUGGCUGGUGGUCCUCACUGACUUGAUAGUCAAGAUUAUUACUGUGGAUAUCAAGAUAUUGGUCACCAUGAUGCCGGCGUUUAUAUUGCCGUUUCAGAAGAGGGGUAAAGUAUACCUAUUCACGGAGGCGGUCUCCCAGCUAUACCGCUCGCUACUCACCAUACAGCCGUGGAUAUUCUACCUGAUGCAGUCGUACGAGGGCUCCGAGAAGAUGGUGGGCAUGUUCCUAACUUCCGUGUAUGUCAUCGCGAAGGUCAUUGAGGUGCUAGUCCGGUUGAGACUGUUUAAGAAUGCUACGUGGACCUUGUUACAGAGCGUGAAUCUCGGCACAAAACCAACAUGUGAGCAGCUCCUUUCCGCCGGCGAUUCCUGUCCCAUUUGCCACGACGACUACUCGACACCAGUCCGAUUAGGCUGCAGUCACAUCUUCUGCGAACUGUGUAUCUCUGCCUGGCUCGACAGGGAACAUACCUGCCCACUGUGCAGGGCUAAGGUAGCUGAUGAACCCACCUGGAGAGAUGGAUCCACCACGUACGAUUUUCAACUCUAUUAACCGGUUUAGUUGGGAGGUUGUGACCAAUUUUGAGUGUAGCUCUGCAACUCCGCCUGGUAAUAUUGGAUGGGAGGAUUGCACAAUUCUGAAUUUGGCGAUUUUUCAAAAUAGAAAUUAUUAUUGGUAUAUUGUGUAUCGCCAAACUUAUUGUCACCUUACGGGACUGUUUCACCUAUGUAUGUAAAAUAUUGGGUCCCUAUUCAAAAUUACAAUAACAGCUGCAAUAAUUUAAAAGUGCUCUACAUCUUUGUUAAUGAUCAAAAUUGCGUGUGUACUCGAAAAUUCAAGCUAUGCUAGCCUCCAAUGAAAAAUAUACAUCUUUGACGCUUCACGAUUCCUUCUUUCAGCCAAUCAGAUGGUGCAUAAGAAACCGACUUUUCAAGACCUGUAAUGGUCACUUGGGGUUUAUCGUUAUGUAUUUUCAACUAUGUAUCGUCUUCUGGGUCUGUCACAUAGAUGUAUUGGUCUCAUUCAAUGAAGUUCUUAUUUAAAUCCGAUUAAAUAAGGUGCUUUCGACAUCCUAAAAUGUUUGUGACAGGCCUAAAGCUAAGUUCGUUGAAUAUUUUAUACCUUUGGAUGUUGGAUGUAUGAAGAUUCGUCUGUGUGAGUCGUUAAAUGUGUGCUCUUUGACAUUAGGGUAAAAUUGUUGAAGGUCUUAGUUGUUCUAAUACUUACUAAGUUCGUAAGUGCUUGUUACCAAAUUGCUGUGUUUGUGUGUCUGUCUGGUGAUCUUUGUUACUUGUCAAAAACUGUUCGACAGCUAGAUUUCUACUUUUAAAUUACUUUAAGAAAAGUAGGUUGUUAAAUAAACUCUAACAUUCUGUAUUUAACGUGUAUAAGUUCUAAAUAUUAGCCGUUUCAUUACGUUUAAGUCCUAGACUUAUUAAAAUGAGACUCAAAUUUUAAGAGAUUAUUCAGGCCUAAAAGUAAAGUUAGUCUCUUUACGAACUUCUAUUAUUUAUGUACAUAGUGUAAGUACAUCAAUCAUAGCGGCAACCAUUUAUUUUUUAUUUCUUUAUAGUUAUAAUUUUAUAUAUUAUAGAUAAUGUAAAUAGGAAAUAAAUAUUUAAACUAAAUCAUGAUAUUAAAAUAAUUACAUAAUUCAAUAUUUGUACAAGAAAUUACAUAAAUGAAUGUAACAGCUACUAGUAUAACUGAUAAUUCUAUCGGUCGUCCACUAAGCGUGAAGGAUUUUCAACUUUGUUGGUUUAACACAACUACAUAAAUAAAAUAUUUAUUUAAAAUAGUGUUCAAUUUAAUUGUUGUAUCAAAUAACGUGCUUUUAGCCCAUAUAAUAUGCUUUUAAUAAUAUCUAAGAAUGACAUAAGCCAAAUAGUGUAGCGUACAAAAAUGACUACUACAUGACUAUUCCAUUUUGUAUUGUAAAUAACAUAACUUUAAGUUACAUUAAUAAGCGUAAUGUGAUAAUUAAGAUCAGCCGCAAAAUGUGUGUAUGAAAUGAAUUUUGGAUACUCUGGCUUAGGACAAAAUAAACAAAUCUUUGUAUUAACAAUAUUCAAGUAUAUUCAAGAUCUAGUAGAAUAUUAUCAUGGCAUUUAAAUAAAUCAAAAGCAGCUGAAUUCGCGUCAUGUUUCCAAUUUUUGAGUGAUUUGACAAUAUGGUAAAAAUUAUGAAAAAAAUAAUUAGGUGUUAACUUUUUGGCCUCUGUUUCUUCACUAGAUUAUUAUCUUCUAUCUAUAUAGAGUAUUUAAUUAUUGUUUUUUUUUCUUGUAGAGAGAUUAAAGUUAGGACACAGUGGUCUCUACAAAAAGCCCCUAAAAAAAUCUUUCCGCUGCAAUGCGAAAAUUGUUGUCACUUCUUUAUACUCCUCUCAUCGUACUUUCUUCGUAAUAAUCUUAUAAGUGGCGGAACGGAGUGUCUUCGGUCUUUAGGCGUAUAUAAAAAUUCACGAGCUGUUAUUGCGUCCUUUCAUAUUUCACCUUAAAAUUACGUAUUGACAUUCCACACCUUGUUAUCGCAUUAUUUUUUUAAAUAAUUAUUGUAAUGUACUAAAAUAAGAUUAUCUACUGGCUUAGUUCUGCAUUGAGAAUCAUAGCUACGUAAAACCUAAUAUUUGGUUUAGGAUUACUUAGUUUAUUUAGCGUUAAUUCUCAAUUCAGAAAUCGGCCUUAUAUUAAAUUGAUUCUAGAAGCGUUCUGUUGAAUUUUUGAAAUAUGAAUAAAAGGUGUUAAGGUUAUUUGAUUUCAAUGCUAUUUACAGACGAAACGUUUUAGUCAAGCUUGUGGUGAGCAUUAUGUCCAGUUGGUCGAAAAUCAAUUGGAUUCCUUCCCUUUGUGUAAGGGCUUGUUCAGAUAGAAUGCACUCCAACGACCAAUAAAGUCGCAAAUAAGCUUUAAAAAAUGCGUGCAGGUUACGUAGAUUUUGAAAGGGAUUCAGAAAGCUGCAGUUGCAUUUUAUCUGAGUACGUCCUUCCAUCACUAUUGUUAUGGGACAAUACAGUGUAUCGUAUGUCUAAUAAUGUACAGAAUAUAUAACCAUUUGUAACUUUAAUAGAUUUUAAAAUAUUCAAUGCCGCUCGGCAGAGCAUUCUCUCUUUACUCUUAUUUUUAAAAGAAUGAGUUUUAAAUUCAUUGUGAUGAAAAUUGGAAUUGUAUAAGGAUGUACAGGUUUGUUUGAAAAUGUUUAGUUUAUAAUGCGAGUGCCUACGUGUAGGCGAGACAUUACGUUAUAGCAGUUGAUGAGUUAAUAAAAUAUUAUGCAAAUCAA